CUUUGCCUCCCAUCUAUCUCAUCUCACAUGCCCUUCCUGCUCAACGAUUCGGAAUUCUGCAGUCUGAUCGCCACAAAUUCGCAUGUGGAUCAGGAUGACCGACUUGAGGAACUCGGAAAUACGGCGAUCCGUACCCGCCGGGUUCCGCGGGGAGAUUUCGAUGCCCUCGCUGAUCUGGUCCAGCGUACAGAACUCUGCUCAGAUUUAUGCUAGCGCGCGCGCUGUUGCGGAGCUCUUUCGGAGGGACUCGGGCGCGGAGGCUCGCUUAACAUUGUUGUUUCUAUGCGCUGAAGAGAUGAGGUCAUCAUGUCUUCAGAGCCAGUCAUUGUGCUUUUGCAUUGCCGAUCCAUUCAAUCGUUAAACCUUAAACAACUACAUAAUAAGUUCUUCGAAUGAAACGUCAGUCGUCUGCAAUUUCCUCUAAAGCGACUGGCUCUGAAAUCUGUAUACUGGAAAUGACGUCGAUGUUUGUGAAUAGCCCUGUCCGUCUCGGACGGAUAUCCCGGCCUUUGCUAUCAAGUACAUGCCGAGUGGGUCGCUCGAGCUUUGUACAGUCUCAAAGAUGUCUGGCUACGCAGGUUGACCAUUCGGCGGCAGUUCCUGAAUCUGACAGCGGGAAGGAAAGAGUGGUCAUUCUUGGAUCCGGUUGGGGAGGAUAUACCCUCUCCCGAAAAUUGUCGCCAAAGUCGUUCUCCCCGGUCGUUAUUUCCCCUCGCUCAUACUUUGUCUUUACUCCUCUUCUGACUGACGCUGCUGGCGGGUCGCUGGAUUUCUCAAACAUCGUGGAGCCAGUUCGGGAUCCUCACGCUAAAGUCGAUUUCAUCCAGGCCGCUGCACGAGCUGUCAACUUGGAAAAGAAAACUGUUCUAUGUGAGUCAACCGUAGUCUCGAGAGGCGUUACAGAAACGCCACGGACCCAUGAGUAUGAAAGGGAGUCUGAAAAAGGCCCGGGGAAGGGAGAUUUCUUCGAGGUUCCCUAUGACAAACUAGUCAUCGCCGUUGGUGCAGUCAGCAAGACGUUCAACACCCCCGGAGUGAGGCAUAAUGCCAUGUUCUUCAAGGAUAUUGGUGAUGCGCGACGCGUGAGACGUCGGGUCCGAGAAUGCUUCGAGCUGGCGGUGCUACCGACCACGACUCCGGAGAUGCGGAAAUGGCUGCUGCAUUUUGCUAUUGUCGGUGCUGGACCGACAGGGACUGAGCUAGCGGCAUCCCUCCGUGACUUUAUCUACAAGGAUAUGACGGCACUAUAUCCUGCCGUGAAAGGUCUCCCCACCAUCACCCUCUACGAUGUAGCACCGAAGGUGCUCUCUAUGUUCGAUGAAUCCCUAUCAAAGUACGCCAUGGAGACCAUGAAGAAAGAAGGCAUCGACAUCAAAACCUCGCACCACGUAGAAGGACUUCGCUGGGGUGCGCCAGGAGCCGAACCUCCUUACGAAAUGGACCCCAGACACUGCCUCACAAUCACAACCAAAGAAGAAGGCGAAGUAGGCAUCGGGAUGUGCGUCUGGGGAACCGGAAACGCAAUGAACAAGUUCGUCAAGACAGCUCUCCAAGACGUGGAAACAUUCCCCACCGCAUCAGCCCUGCUGAAAGACGGCACCCAAGCGCCCCCGGAACUCGCAAAAGACACAACAUGGCACAUCAAAAAGGCACCCAAAAUGGGUGCCCUCCUCGUCGACGGCCAACUCCGCGUCCAACUAGAAAACGCCGACGGCAAAACCGCUGUCCUCCAGGACGUCUUCGCUCUGGGUGACAACGCCAUGCCGGAAACGGGUGCACCACCCGCGACAGCGCAGGCGACGACCCAGGAAGCGAAGUGGCUCGCUACUAGGCUGAACAAGGGCGACCUUCAGAGAUCCGAACCGUUCUCUUUUCGUAAUAUGGGCACUCUGGCGUACAUUGGAGAUGCCAAUGCGUUGAUGCAGUUUCCUACUGAGGUUAGCAAACCACCUAAGUAUUUGACAGGACGGAGGGCCUGGCUUGUGUGGAAAUUAGCGUAUUUGACUAUGAGCAUGAGUUGGAGGAAUAAGUUGCGGAUUGCGUUCCGGUGGGUGUUGAAUAGUAUUUUUGGGAGGGAUGUAUCGAGGUGGUAGCCUUGGAAACCCUUGACCAAACAUUUCAACCAAUAGAUUUCUCUUCUUUCGAUGUUAUUGGAGAUACAUAUAUGGGAUGAGAGCCGAAUCUUUGGUGCUUGCAUACCGCGCUGCUGUGACUUUAGACUGUUGGAUGUUAACUACAGGGUUUACAUUUCAAAUGUCUAAACAGAGACAGA